UAUAAUGGUAGUGGUGGUCCAAUCAUAAAACCAUUCCAGAAACCUGACUUAACUAAUCAUAGUUAGUUGUAACAAUUUUAUAGUUUUCAUAGACAGAUUUACAGUAGUUAGAAAAACCAAGAUGCUUUUUCUUUGAAUUUAAACAUUAAUUUCACAAGAAUCAAAUAAUUUGUGUAACUACAUGACGACGCUGUCCCCUGCUUCUGAGAAGAGGGAAUCAACCAAUCAGACUGCACUUGUCUGUAUGGCUAACAGUACUGAAACGAUAGUCUAUAGCUGCUAGCAUUUUUAGGAGGGGCGGACAUUCUGAGCCAUUAUCUGGCAUUCUUGAAAUACAAAGUGGAUGCCUCUAUGAUCCAGCUACAGCGAAAUAUACCUCUUCGUACAAGACUUCAGCCAUGGCCACGGCAGGCGCAGGACCAGGCACAGCAGAGCCAAAUCGGCCAGGCCCCCAGAGGAAGAUGUCUACCACAGGGGAAAGCCUGUACAAGGUGCUAGGCCUGGAGAAAGGAGCUUCCGCGGAUGAUAUCAAGAGAGCUUACAGGAAACUAGCGUUGAAGUACCACCCAGACAAGAACCCAGACAACCCGGAGGCUGCAGAUAAGUUUAAAGAGAUCAACAACGCCAACUCCAUCCUGAACGAUGAUGGCAAGAGGAGGAUCUACGACGAGUACGGCUCCAUGGGUCUCUAUGUGUCUGAGCAGUUUGGAGAGGAGAGCGUCAAAUACUACUUCCUCAUGUCCAAGUGGUGGUUUAAGACCAUGGCCGUGUGCUGCACAGUCUUCUCCUGCUGCUGUUGCUGCUGCUGCUGCUGUUUCUGCUGCGGGAAGUGCAAGCCGCCAGAGGAGGAUGAUCACUACCAGUAUGUGGACCCAGAGGACCUGGAGGCCCAGAUCAAAGCUGAGACGGACGGAGGUGACACGGUAAUCAUUGUCCAGCCCAUACCUGUAGCCGUACCUAUAGCUGUAUCGAGCCCUGUGGCUGAGAGCAUCAGCCUAGGCCCUGCCAUCAGCCUAGGCCCUGCCAUCAGCCUAGGCCCUGCCAUCAGCCUAGGCCCUGCCAUCAGCCUAGGCCCUGCCAUCAGCCUAGGCCCUGCCAUCAGCCUAGGCCCUGCCAGUCCAGUAGGUGACAACCCGACCAGUCCAGUGGCUGCUGAGAACCCAGGCGAAACGCUGCCGGAGUCUAAAUGACUCGACAGUGACAGUGUGGAUGAGCCUCGCCAGGGGAGGGCAGGUAGGUUCCUGAUACACACUUGGUUAUGUUCAGUAGGGCGCACCGUAGCAAAACGUUUUGCAAUGGAAAACAUGCUCAGGUAGCACUUCCUUGUUUCAAAACGUUUUCCCACCUACUGAACAUGACCCUUGUGGGGUUUCAACACUUCAGGGCAGGUUACACAUGAGGACAGUAAAACAAGGGCCCAACUUGAGGUCAUGCCUUCUACUAAUAAUACAUUCCCUUGUCAGUUGUAUCUGAGAUACAACAGGCUAUUACUUGCAAACAUUUUGAACUUUUUAUUUAACAUUUUCACUGCGCAAGUAGCCUAAAUCAUGACAAACUAGUACAAGAUACAAUUGUAUAAGACGGUGCAUUAACAAAACAAUAAUCAUAAAACAUGACUUGCUGGAUUUUGAUCUCUGUAUUUCAGAAGAGUUCACUUUUUUGAUAACAGGAUUUAUUGCUGCAAAGCUAAUGAGGAUUGGAAGCUUCCAGUCAACAGUGUUUACAGAGCUGUUGUGUAGAUCCAGCUGGUAAAUACUCUGUGUGUACCUGGCAGCCAAGUCUUUGCCCUUGUAGCCUCAGCCUAGCUGCUUUACUGUUUUGGGAGGAAGUUUUACUGUAGUCACAGACCUUUGGCUUGUACAGUCUGCGUGAACCACAACCUGUACUGAUAUUCCUGUUUGAUUUCUCAUUGGCAUCAUGUCAUUAGCCUAAAUCUACAGAACCCUGAUAUGUAAUUUGAUGUUUACAAAGUCAUUGUCAUUUGAAGGUCAUUGUGAUCAUUGUUGUUACCUGUCUGUACAUGCCUGUUGGUUAUUCAUUUGACUUCAGAAUUUGACCUUUUUAGUAUUAUACAAACAAUAGAGAAUUAUUUUACAGGAUAUGUAGCAUAGUCCUUUACUCACUCCAUUAGUAUAGAGUGGGGCAUAUAGCUAACAUACAGAGCUUUCAGAAAGUAUUCACACACCUCACAUAUUGUUGAGUUAUAGGCUGAAUUUAAAAUACAUUACAUGUAUAUUUGUUUUGUCACUGCCAGUAGACAAUACCCCAUAAUAUCAAAGUGGAAUUAUGUUUAUUGGAAUUUUUACAAAUUCAUUAAAAUCUGAAAUCUGAAAUGUC